AUGUUCCCUGUUAGCGAUUUCAACUUUGUAGUUGCUGGGAUUGCUACCUUUGCGGCUACUGUUGGAUACGCCUGCUCUCGCAGACUGAGCAUCAACUUUUUGGAUAUCCCAGAUUCAUCGGUGGCGUCAGCUCCAACGGAUCUUGCUUCGAAAGAAGCGAAAAUGGAGGUCAGGGUACAAGAUCAAGAACGUGAUUCAGCAACGGAGGUAGUUCAGGACUCUCCGAAUGCAUCGAGCCAAAGCAGGCGGAACUCCCUCAAGCGCAAAGUGCCUCACGAUGGCUUCGACGAACCGAGUCCUCAGGAUCUCGGGUAUCCGCACAACCUUGUUAACAUCUAUCCCAACAAACGAAGCAGGACUCCUUCAACUGACUCGGAUAAAAAUGAUGCCCCAACCGAAGCUCCGAAGGCGGAGCAUUCCGCUAUAUCACUAGCAGCAAUGAUUUCGGAUGAGGAUGUUGACAUUCCUUUCGUUUCCGAGGAUCCAGAACCGGUUGUGGCGACUCCCGCUGCGGAGCCUCCCCGAACGCCCUCACCAUCACUAGAAGAGUCUGCCCCCAAAGCGCCCCCGCCUCAGCACCCAGCACCAGCUUCUCCCGCGCUACCCUCAAAGCCCCUUCCUGCAACAAGGCCCACAACACCUCAACCAUCUGCAUCUUUCGGAUCGCCCAAUCCAUCCCGCGGUUUCGCCUCGUUUGCAGGAUCCACCUCGCCUUUCGCUUCCUUCAACAAGUCGCAAUCUCCUCUGAAGAACUCGCGAUCUAUCUGGAGUGCAAACUUCGAAGAAGAGCCCUCCGAUGCUUCGCCAUCGAGAUUACCAGAUAUUAGCAAGCCCAGCACGCUGCAUGUUGUCCCCAAGAAGCAUGCUAUCGCUGCGGUCGAGCCCGCCUCUAAGCCGGCGACUUUUACACAUAUCACCGGCGAAGAAAACGAAGACGUCGAGCUUGAGCUGAAAGGUGUCAAGUUAUAUGUGAAACGCGGGAGCAAGCCCUUCUCUGAUGGUAUGGUCGGCCAUAUCAAAUUGCUAUCGGACAAGGAGACACUCGAGGAACGGCUGCUCUUCCGACGGGAGCCGCUCUGGAAGAUAUCCAUGAACAUCCGUGUGAAGCCUACCGUGCGGUGCACGUUUGACGCAGAAGAAGGCGUAGUCAGGCUCGUUUUGAAGGAGUCCGUUGGUUCCCAAGAAGCUGGGUCAGAGGCCCAGUCGGGGGCCAAGGAACCUACCCAGGAGGUUGUAAUAUAUGCACUCAAGGUCAUGCUCGAAGCAGGACUUCAAGGAGUUUGCAGAGUCGCUUUUGCAGAGCUCGCACUUCAAACCUUCCAGAACUGCUACGCCAACUGCUGCGUCAUCAACAUAAUCAUCAGCCUAGGCGUGCUGGUUCAACAUGCGCGGCAACCAGGCCGCUCUUCCACCCGCCUGCGGGACUUGAGCUCCGUGCGAGGUUCCACACCAUAUGCCUCGCCCUCUAUUUUCGAUUUCAUUUUCUAUGUCGUCGCGUUUUCGCGACAACCAACCAUUACUUACUUAGGAUUUGUAUGCCUACUUACGCCGGCGUAA